AUGGAUCGGUCGUUCUGCAGUGUUCAGCCGCAAUUCUCACUGCAAGCUCCGGCUUUAAACUCUCCUGUUCGACAUCACCGACCAUCAUUGACUGGACAGUCUGUUGACUCAGCAGCCAGUGUACGACGAUUCUUGCAUGAUAGACGACGAAGUUACAGAAAUCGGAGCUUGGGACCAACGAUAGCUUCAGCGCCAUCAGUAGAACAAGAAGAUUAUCGAACACCCAAGCCAUCAUUUGACAAAAAUGGAAAAAGUUUCGAUUACUGUUCACACGCGCACAACUCAUUAGCAUCUGAUUCUAACGGCCUUAUAAAGGUUUCCGCAGAUUUUAUCAGGUUGAAUGGAAGCCGACAACAGUUUCGAAACUUGUUAUCGACAAGAAAAAAACUUGGAUCAUUACCUCCAGCUUACACAAGAAUUGACUACAGUCGAGAUUCAUUGGAUUCAAAUGUUAAUCGUACUCCAUAUCAUGGUCCUGUAAUAACAGUUGAAGAUACUGGAUCUCAAUUAAGAAUAAAUCAUGUAAAACCGAGUAUAACUGAUAGUCUGCUUGAGUCUCAGAAAGGGUCUUUUGAUAAAACUGCUGUUGCUUUUUGUGAAAGUAAUGGAAGUGUCGGAUCAUAUCAUUCAGCCAAUAAUCAUCAAUUCAGACGAAAUAACAGUCGUUAUGGAGUUCCCGUUGAUAGUAAUCAAGUUAAAAUGAUUUACAAAGUUCGAUCGGAUCGAUUACAGAAUCGAGUUCGCAUAACAGACAGAUCUUUGUUUUUAGCUCUUCUGGGAAUACUUUUUAUGUUCAUUGAUGCUGAACUAACGGGCCAAGAGAUGCUUGGAAUCACCAAAAAAUCAACCAUAUCACUUUUCCUACGCUUAUCAUCACUUGUAACAACGAUUUUUCUCCUCUUUAACAUCGUUCGGUAUCAUCAGAAUGACAUUGUGCUGGAUCAAAUAGACUGUGGAGCUGAUGAUUGGAGAGUUGUAGUAACGGCUGAGCGAAUCCUUCAAUUUACUUUGGAGUUCUGUUUAUGCGCCAUUUGUCCUUUGCCAAUAAAUUUCGAUAUGGAAUGGUUAUUUAUUUUGACAAGCCGAACAUCCACCGAUAGCGGAUCUUUUCAUAAAGAAUUGGUUCCAUUGGAUGUUCCAUUAUCUCUUCUGAUGCUUUCUCGGGUUUAUCUAUUAGCACGCUUUAUGGUAUUACACAGCAAACAGUUCCAAGAUGCUUCUACACGAACAUUGGCUGCUUUGAAUAGAAUUCAAGUGAACUUCUCGUUCGUAAUGAAGACAGUCUUAGAUCAACAUCCAAUCAUGUUCUUAACGACAUUCACACUGAUAUUCUGGUUGGUAACCUCAUGGACUUUCGUGCAAUGUGAAAGGUUUGGACAAAGUGCUCAAGACAAGCAAAUGCCUUCUAUUCUUUACUCAAACGCAUUAUGGUUCAUCGCAAUAACAUUCAUGCUGAAUGGCUAUGGUGAUAUCGUUCCACAAACUCAUUGGGGACGGAUCAUUGCAAUAUUCGUAGGAGUCGUGGGAGCCAUCAUUUCGUCCAUUCUCAUCGCUGUUAUUUCAAGAAAUAUUUUAUUAACACAAGGACAACGUAAUGUUAAUAAUUUCAUGAUGGAUAGCCGAUUAACAAGGCAACAUAAACAUUCAGCUGCAAAAGUUCUUCAAUACACAUGGAGAAUUCACAAAUGCUUACAAGGAGGAAUGGCUACGGAUGGUACUUUACGCAAACAUCAACGCAAAUUCCUGAACGCCAUUCAUGAAUUUCGGGCAAUCAAAAACGAAAUUCGUGUGUUUGGAGAAAGUAAUUCUGCCAAUAGUCAACAAGUCACACGCCUUGUUAUCGAAAUGCAUAGUUCAAUGCAAAAGCUGAUAUCAGCUCAAGAAGAGAUGAGAGCUCAAAUAGAUGUUCUUCAAAGAGCUGUUCGAAAUCAUUAUAAUAUCAUCAAUAGUCAAACCUCACAAGCUUCAUUACCUCAUGUAGAGAAUAGCUCACAACGAUACCAAGGAAUGAGUGUUGCUCAAACUGAGAAUUAA